GCGCUGCGCCCCGCGCCCCAGCCCCGCCGCCCGGGACCCGCGAGCGCACGGGACGGCCUCGCCAGGCUCUAUAUUUGAAUUGUGGCAUUUGGCAGGACUCUUCUCCAUUUGGAUCUGCUAUACCUGAACCCUAACACUGCAGGCUCUGUGGCUGCCCAUGCAGGGGCCUGCUGUCAGCGUGAACAGCUCUCAGCUGUGGUGAUGUCCAGCCUCUGGCCUGACCUCCCGGGGUGGCCCGACCCAGAGUGCAUAUCCUCCCAGUGGCCCUUGUGACCUGGUGACCACUCCGACUGCAGGGGUGGAAGAUGGUACCGGUCAGCCCCCGGCUGCACGAGGAGCCCGCGGCCGCAGCCCCGACAUGGAGGAGCCCACGCCCGAGCCCGUCUAUGUCGACGUGGACAAAGGGCUGACCCUGGCCUGCUUCGUCUUCCUCUGCCUCUUCCUCGUGGUGAUGAUCAUUCGCUGCGCCAAGGUCAUCAUGGACCCCUACAGCGCCAUUCCCACGUCCACCUGGGAGGAGCAGCACCUGGAUGACUGAGGUGCGGGUGUGGGGGGACCUCUGUGUCCCCUGGCUGCCGGCCCACGCAGCUGGGGGUGGACCUGGCCCCAGACGGAGGAGGUUCACUGGGCCCCCACCUGCGGGGGCUCAGCGGGGCCCAGCCUGGAGAUGAGAGCGCUGGCCCCGGAGUCCAGAGGCUGGUCCAGGCUGGGGAGUCUCCGUGGGACUGGGGGGUGGCCCUGUGCCCUGGCUCCUGGGCACCUGCCGGGACAGGACCCGGGGCAGACACCCAUCGUCACGCCAUAGUGCCCUCCAUGUGAUGACACGCUCUGCCCUGACAGGGCAAAGCCACACGCGCAUGAGCCCCAGCAGCUUGGGGCACAGAUGUCCCCAUUGGGCCUCCAGGGAACGGUGGUGAAGGCCAAGGCCUCACCAACUUCACAUAAGGCAUGGGGCUGCUUCCCAGCAGUAUUUUUAAAACUAAAACAGAGAGGGGUCUAUUUUUCCUGUCAUGAAUGAAAUGUGCAUUUUGGGAAUUGGGAAAAAUACAGAAAAAUAGAAGGAAAAGUGGAAAUAACACUUAUAAUCCCACCUCCCAAAAGCCGCCAUUUUGAUAUAUUUCUCCCAAGCUUUUUUACACGUAUCUUUUUAAAUAGUCCUAUUCGUACCGUAUGCACGAUGUUGCACCACCUCCUCUUAGAGCAUGGACGCCUUCCUGUCGCAUCGCCUACCCAUCAUCCCAGCGGCUGCAGGGGAUUCCAGCAGGCGGGGAGGUCACGGCUCCAGCAGUGUCUCCUCUGGCCACACAGUUAAUUGUUGGCUGACCUCUUUACACAGAAAUUUAUUCCAUGGAGCAGUCUUGUGGGCAGGCUCCAUCUGCAGGGUGAGCACUGGACUGAGAGUCCUGGGCCUCAUCCUCAAUCAUUCAAAAGCCGUGUGGCCAUGAGCAAGUCCCGCCACCUCUCCGUGCCUUGGUCCCCUCCUGUCACAAUGGGGAGGAAAAGCUUCACCACCUCCCUUGUUUGGUGCAAGGCUCCUGUGCUGAAAGGAUGGGAGGGGACAUAUGGGGCGCUGGGAACAGGUUGCUGAUACUGAGUGCCCUCGAGGCCUCCCUCCUCCCCCAUCACCUUCAUCCAUGACCUUGUGGCAAGAUCCCAGAACCCAUUGCACUGCUCCCAAGUCCUGGCUCAUUUGCUUCCUGUUAUGUGACCCCAAAUAAGUCACUCAGCCUCUCUGAGCCCCAAUUCUCUCAUCUGGAAAAUGAGGGAAACAUGUCUACCUCACAAGGUUGUUGUGAGGAUGGAAUGGAGGAACAUGGACCAACCUCAAUGUCCUUCCUUGACUCCACCACCCCAGGAGAAGCCAGAGGUCUGAGCCAGGAGGGGCAUGGGUUCUGGGGGCCCCUCCCUGCACAGCCUGGAGCCCUGAACUUUCCUCAACUUCCCGGGGCCACUUCCCAGGCCAAACCUCCCAGCCAGAACCACUGGCCAGAGGGAUACUCACAGCAACCUCUCCCAGCACCUGACCUCAAGGGAUACGGUGUCUAGUCAUUUACAUCAUUGUCAUUGUCAUCUGUGAAAGCACAUGGUAUGAGGUUAGACCACCCAAACCCCCUCCCCUCCAAGGCACAGCCUGCCAUCCCCAUCAGGAGAGACCUGCAUCUGUGAAAAAGCACAGCACUCCCUUCCCAUUGCCUGCAUCCCAGCCCUGGGUCCAGCUCCAACCUAGGCACUGGGAAAUGGGUCUCCAGAGCCCUGUUACCACUAGGUGACCCCUGAGAGUGAACAAGGCAACAGUUGUUUAGGCACAUUCCAGGGCCUGUUCAGCUGUCUCCCCCUGCCCACACACACACACACACACACACACACGCUAUGUGGGAUGCACAAAGGGACAGCUGGACGGGGCAGUGAGCCCCAAUGCAGUGGAGACUCUGUAUGCAGGAAGGAUCUAGAGCAAGGACCUCGUGCGUUGCCUCAGGCCCAGCAGCAGCCCUGGCUAUGCAGCCUACCUCAGAGACACCCAGCACUUCUGUGAAAACUCAUCAGCAUGGAUUUAUGAUGUAAAUCAGAACCAACUCCCCAUCAGCUAGGAACAGAUCCCAAAGAACAAGGGGGCGGUGUCAAGACCUCACUUGGAGAUUCUCUGGAAUUCUCAGGAGUGAAAAGCAGGUGCCCUAGGGCCGUGCGACCCAAACUGUGAUGAGGAACGAAGCACAUGUGUGGUGGUGAGGAGCUCGCUGGGAAUCCAGAAUCCUGUGCCCAGUUCAGACCUCCAGAAUCCAUGUCCGUGGAGGCGGUGCCCAGGAAUCUGCUAGCAAGGGCCACCAUGCAGCUGGGGACACCCUCAAGUUUGAGGAGCAUUGCCCUGAGGAUCUUGUGAUCCCACUUCAUUCUUUUCCACACUGAGAUUUGCUGAUAUCUCCCACCCUAUCUCUGGACUGGGUUUGUGAGGGUUUUGGUUUGUUUUGUUUUUUGGGGUUUUUUUGGUGGCAAGGGGAAAUAACAUUUCAGAAAAGAUGAAAAAUAAAAAGAUCAUGCCCCA